AGACUGCUACGAAUCAUGAUGAAGAUGAUGAAGAGGAACAGCGCAAAUAUGAGUCAGUCUUCGCCCAACCAUUCCAUUUCUUUUGAAUAUUCUUUCUCCGACGAAUCUCUUACAAAAUUGCCAGAAGCCAAUCGUCAAGUGGUCAAAAUCUCUACUCGCGACAGCUGCCUUUCUUCAUGGUCUGCAAUUAAUAUUCAUUCCCCGAUUCGAUUCGCUGUUUCCAGUUAAUCUGCUUCCUUUUCAAGGAAUAGUUUCCGAUUUUUAAUUUUUAAUUUUUCCUUAAUCCCUCUGUUUUCUCCAUCCGUAUGGGCUUCGCCAUUUUCAGAUUCUCUAGAUUCAUCGCAGCUUUGUGUUCGCAAUUAUUGAUGUCGCACUGGGCGAAAUUAUUGCUACCAUCAAUUCUCGAUUGCUUUCACGCUCGCAAAAUUGAAUUGGGGGAAAAGAGGUUUGAAGUUAUUUGAAAACUUGGAGGAAAUGGAGAGUAAUGGGACUGCCAAAAUGCCGAAAGCUUUGGAAAUUAGGGCAGAAACUGGAGAGGAUGAAUCAACCAGUGCUUUAAAAGCUCAGAUUGCAGCUACAUUGUCUUCAUUAGAUAGUAAUGAGUCGACUGCCGGAGGCAAUUGUGUGGAAAGUUCGCCGGAGCCUUCGUCUCUUUCAGAGGCUUCUUUGUCGAAAGAAGCAUCACCUCAAGUUCAUCAAAGAGUUUUGGAUCAUUGCAUCACGGCGCCAGUGCAUAGAAAUCUCUUCCUUGAGAAUCAAGAUGUUACGUAUUCGAGGUCUAUGACAGAGAGGAGGGGAAAUCCGUUGCCUGCGCUAAAAUUGGAUAGGCUCUCGGAGAAUGAGAAGAAAAAGUUAAUCGGGAACUUAAUGAAGAUACAAAAUGACGGGACAGUGGAGGUCGAUAUCAGUAAAGAUUCUUCUGUAGCUUCUGAAUUAUUAGAGUUUCAAUCUGUUGAUGAAGUUCGUUCUUCUACUGCUGAUUACAUAAUGGAUGAUUGCAACAAACUGAUUCCGAAAUUGAAGAUCGCCAUACUCGUGGUUGGAACGAGAGGGGACGUUCAGCCUUUCCUUGCCGUUGCCAUGAGACUUCAGCAAUACGGUCACCGUGUGAGAUUGGCGACACAUUCCAACUUCCGAGGAUUCGUAAAGUCAGCCGGAGUAGAUUUUUACCCGCUCGGUGGAGAUCCUCGUAUUUUGGCUGGAUAUAUGGCCAGAAAUAAAGGCCUUAUCCCGUCGACACCCGGAGAAAUUUCCGGGCAACGGAAACAAAUAAAGGCCAUUAUAGAAUCGCUGCUUCCUGCCUGCACAGAACCGGAUCCAAUUACGGGCGAACCUUUCAGCGCUCAGGCGAUUAUUGCAAAUCCUCCGGCUUAUGGGCACGUACAUGUAGCUGAAGCUCUUGGAGUUCCUCUGCACAUUUUCUUCACGAUGCCUUGGACGCCUACGUAUGCAUUUCCUCACCCUUUCGCCCGUGUGCCACAAAGUGCUGGAUAUUGGCUCUCGUAUAUUCUCGUGGAUCUGCUGAUAUGGUGGGGCAUAAGAGGGCCUAUCAACAAUUUCAGAAAAAAUAAGCUCAAGCUUGCCCCUAUUGCGUACUUCAGCACGUACCACGGGUCGAUUUCUCAUCUCCCGACUGGAUAUAUGUGGAGUCCUCAUGUUGUGCCGAAACCAAAUGAUUGGGGACACCUCGUUGAUGUCGUCGGUUAUUGCUUUUUGAACCUCGGAUCUUCGUACCAACCGCCUGAAGAAUUUGUUCGAUGGAUGAAGAAGGGAAGUCCGCCAGUUUAUAUCGGGUUUGGAAGCAUGCCUCUGGAGGAUUCAAAACGAACUACGGAAAUAAUCGUGGAAGCAUUAAAGAGCACCGGACAAAGAGGAAUAAUUGAUCGGGGUUGGGGAGAUCUUGGCACCCAUUCGACUAUCCCCGACGACGUUUACCUUCUCGUCGACUGCCCUCACGACUGGUUGUUUCCUCAGUGUUCGGCUGUGGUUCAUCACGGAGGGGCUGGAACGACGGCUACUGGACUAAAAGCGGGGUGUCCUACAACUAUAGUCCCGUUCUUCGGCGAUCAAUUUUUCUGGGGAGAUCGUAUCCAUCAACGCGGGCUCGGCCCUGCACCGAUCCCGAUUUCACAGCUCACAGCCGAAUCCCUUUCCGAAGCCAUACGAUUCAUGCUCGAGCCCGAGGUGAAAUCCCGAGCGGCGGAGUUAGCGGGCUGCAUCGAAAACGAAGACGGCGUAGGAGCUGCGGUCGACGCCUUCCAUCGUCACUUGCCGCCGGAGCUUCCCCUGCCGCCACCGGCGCCGUCUCCGGCCACAGACGAUGGCCCCAAUCCUCUGCAGUGGAUUUUCAUACAGAUUGGGAGAUUGUGCUGCUUGCCCUGUGGUUCUUCUUAGGGCAUUGUUAUUGAUUUUUGCAGGCUAAAGUUGUUAUUUGUUGCUACGUUGUUGUACAUAGCCACCCGUUUAUUCAAUUUAAUCUUUUUUCAAUAUAUGUAUAAUUAGGACAUGAUUUUGGGGCAUAUUGAUUUUGGACAUAUUGUAGAUCUUGAACCAGAGUUAUUAUAUACUUAAAGAUUGCAUUUUUA